UGCCAUGGACGUCCUCCUUCCAGGAAGCACCUGUGUUGUGUUGUUAUUUCAUUGUACACCUAGAGAACAAUGCGUUUAAAAGACAAAAUACCCGAGCUGUGACAAAUAAUUGAGAAUUUGGUAUGAGCUACUUUUAAUAAAAGGAUAACGGGACGACAUUUGUUUUAAAUUCAGCUGUUUUGGACCUCAUUACGUACUGGUUCUGCUGCUAGGUGGCUAGUUGGGAUGCUCCACUGUCCUUAAGCGGGUUGGUUCUUGAUGGGUGGAGGCAAGCUACCUCUUUGCCCCCUGCAAUGAGGAGAAGGUCCUGUGGUCCUGCCCAUCUCUACAGGAGGCAUGAUGGCUGGUAAGGUGAAGUGGGUGACAGACAUAGAGAAAUCUGUGCUGGUCAACAACUUUGAGAAGAGAGGAUGGAUCCAAGUGACCGAUACUGAAGACUGGAACUUUUACUGGAUGAGCAUCCAGACUAUUCGCAAUGUGUUCAGCGUAGACACGGGUUACCGCCUGUCUGAUGAUCAGAUGGUUAAUCAUUUCCCAAACCACUAUGAGUUGACCAGAAAGGAUCUAAUGAUCAAGAACAUUAAACGCUACAGGAAGGAGAUGGAGAAGGAGAGCAGCCCUCUUGCUGAGAAAGAUGAAAAUGGGAAAUAUGUUUACCUGGAUUUUGUGCCGGUGACAUUCAUGCUUCCAGCAGACUACAAUCUUUUUGUGGAAGAAUUCCGUAAGAGUCCGUCCAGCACAUGGAUUAUGAAGCCUUGUGGGAAGGCUCAGGGCAAAGGCAUCUUCCUUAUAAACAAACUCUCACAGAUCAAGAAAUGGUCACGGGACAGCCGCACUUCCACGUUCAUGGCAGCUAACAGUGGAAAGGAGGCGUAUGUGAUCUCACUGUAUAUCGAUAAUCCCUUAUUGAUUGGUGGGAAAAAGUUCGAUUUGCGUCUGUAUGUUUUGGUCACAACCUACCGGCCUCUGAAGUGUUACAUAUAUAAGCUUGGUUUUUGUCGGUUUUGCACUGUUAAGUACACUCCCAGUACCAGUGAACUGGACAACAUGUUUGUGCAUCUGACAAAUGUGGCAAUCCAGAAACAUGGGGAUGAUUAUAAUCCUGUACAUGGAGGUAAAUGGACAGUCAAUAACCUCCGCCUGUAUCUCGAGAGCACCAGAGGAAAGGAAGUCACUAACCGUCUCUUUGACCAGAUCCACUGGAUUGUGGUUCAGUCCCUCAAAGCUGUGGCUCCUGUUAUGAUCAACGACAAACACUGCUUCGAGUGCUACGGCUAUGACAUCAUUAUUGAUGACAAGCUGAAGCCGUGGCUUAUAGAGGUAAAUGCCUCCCCUUCACUCACCUCCAGUACUGCAAAUGACCGCAUUCUGAAGUACAAUCUCAUAAAUGACACACUCAAUAUCGUUGCCCCAAAUGGUGAGAUCCCAGACUGCCGAUGGAACCGCAGCCCACCUAAAGAGGCCCUUGGCAAUUACCAAGUCCUUUACGAUGAGGAACAGGCUAUGAGUGAGAAUACAGAUCGUGACCUCCGGAGUCGCUCGGGUCAGUCACUCGGGACAAAGAGCACAAAAUCUGGCUGUGUGCGUCCAGUCACAGCCACCUGGAAGUGAGAUCACAAUCCUAACCACAGAGCUGACUUUUAUUUCCUCCGUAUGAAGCAGAGAUGUACUGUGGCAACGUGGAAGAUUUGAAUGGGAAAUAUGAGAGAAUUUACGUGUACAUUCCUGCAUGAUCUUAAGACUACAGGGAAGACCAAGAGAGACAGAAGAGUCACUUUUGUUGCAUGAGAAGUUUUAGGAUUUUUUUUUUUGACAGUUCUCACAAUUAAAAAGAACGUGAGAAGGAAAAAUUAAAUAAAUAAGUGAUAAAAAGCAGGAAAAAUCAUAACACUUUCACAUAAAACUAGUUAAACUGUUAUGGAAACAGUGUUUCUUGGUAUUUUAUAUGAAAUGUCACUGUCACUUUUUUAUGUCACUUAUUUAUUGUUUAUGCAAUGUACUUAAAAAUAUGUACUAAUGUAUUUAUGGAAAAGUGUCUUCAGUAUUGUCUUCUGAAUAUGAAGACAGAAGAAAGAUUUUGCAAAACAUGAUGUAAAAUCUGGCCAGUAAUGCAGCCUGCUUGUAAAGAUGAAGUCCUGAAAAUGGUUUUGAGAAGGUGGAGACAGUGAUGGAAUAAACUGUCCAAAAUGUC